UGAAACUAAACAAAUUGGAUGAAUGCUUGCAAUUCAGCACUUACACACUGGUGCAAUUAUUGAUACUUUUGUAUAGCUGUAUUCCUGGGGAAAAGCUACAAACUUACAGUCAAGAUGCAGUAAAUUCUGUCUUUGAUUCCUUAUGGUACAACUUGCCAGUGAGCAACCAAAAACAGCUAAUGCUGAUGAUGGUUAGAAGCAAAAAAUCUUGUAAACUCCAGGCUGGAAAAUUUUUUGUUUUGUCCUUGCAGUUUUAUACUUCGGUAAUGAAUUAGAAAUUAAUCAUACAAUAUUUUAAAUUAUAUGAAGUAAAUAUUACGGAUUAGUCAUGUCACAUGCUCCAACAGUGAAGCACGUGAUGUUCAUAAUCUUAAAUUUAUCUUUUGGAAUGGUUAGAAGAUUAUUAGUUUUUUCUGAAUUAUUAAUGUUACUAUUAUUUUGAUUGUAAGUGUUAUGAAUUUAUUUAAUUUCGUAGUGUCUUCAGACGUCUUUUUCAUACUUUGCAAUGCUCGUGACAAUACAGAAAAGAAAAUAAAUCUGAAAUUUUAUUGCAAUUUAAAAAAUGCAUUGUCAAGAACGCACACAUAUGUAUAAUUAAAAGUAAGUUUAAGAGUAAAAGUAGAAAGAUUGUAGAAUACAUUAAAUAAAAUAAUUACGUUUAAGUCUGAAUCAUCUUUGCUUGAUAAUUGUAAUAUAUAAAAUAUUUUAUUCCUUUUAAUUUAUUCUCAGAAAAAAACAGACCGUUUUCAAAAUAGCAUAAGAUUUUGCAGAAAGUUAGCAGGAAGUAUUAUUAUUAAAUUCACUUGAUGCAAUUCCAAGAAUUAGUAUCAUCUAAUAAAUAAAAUUUAUUAAUAUUUAUUAAUAUUGAAAUUAAUUUUUUACAGUGUCACCUUAAAGUAAUGACAAGAGUUCUUUUCUCUUCGACAUUUCAGAAUUGAAUGAGUUUAAUCGAUACAGUACUAUAGGUUCUUCGCCUCUCCUCCUAACCACUUUGUACACGCAACAUUCUUAAAUUCACAGAAGAGUUACAUACAAAGUAUACCUUUAGGUUUAUUAAUAUUUCAGUUUCUUCCUGGAAUAAAUAAGUAAGGCAAUUCAAUUAAAGGGAAAAGGACAUAUCUGAUUUAGAAAAUUAAAAAGAAAGGGUUUAAUUCAAGAGUUCUUAGAGAAAGACCACUUGAAUACUUUCUAUGAAUGUGAAUAAUUAAAGUCAUCAAAAGGAAGGUUCUUUUUAGUAAUUUCAUUACCCUCUUUUUGUCUUUCUUACAAAUUUCAUAGAAUUAAAUGUUUAGUUAAUCUCUUUAGUUUAAGCCAUGAGUUUUUUUGCUCAAGCUGACUACAGUCUCAACAAGUUCUUUAUGUCAGCAACUGGUCUCUGGCCAUAUCAGUCUAUGACAUGGAGAAUAUUUAUUUGUCUUUUCUGCACAUUUAUGAAUAUAACGAUGAUUUUAACAAUGUUCAUUGGUAUUCUAACUUGUGAUGAGCUUGAUGAUAAAAUAAAACUGAUUGCACCUAUGCUCACUGGAGUUGCCAGCGGUGCAAGAUUCUUUAAUUGUUUACUAAAUUCAAAUCGAAUGAAGCAUCUUUUGGAACAAGUAAAAUCAGAUUGGUCCUUAUUGACUGAUACAGAGUAUUUUAUAUUAAAACAAUUCUCUAGAAGGGGCAGAAAUUUAACCAUAAUAUAUGAAGUUUAUCUGUACUGCAAUUUGGUUGUAUAUUUCGUGAACGGCGCUUCUCCAAAACUUUUAAACAUUGUUCGCCCUCUGAAUGAAACUAGACCCUUAAUAAGAACUUAUAGGUCAAAUUAUUUUCUCAACGAAGAAAACUAUUAUUUUCACAUGUUGUUGCAUGAGUAUAUAGCGUCAUUUAUAAACAUUACAACAAUGUUAUCAGUUGAUACGAUGUAUGCUGUAUUAACUGAACAUGUUUGUGGUAUGUUUACAAUUCUUAGACACCGCCUUGAGAAUAUUAUUCAGAACAACAAAUGUAAUCUUGAAAUAGAAGAUUCGUUAGAAGAGAAAGAUAGAAUUGUAAAUGUGACAAUGAAUUGCAUUACCCUUCAUCAAAGAAAUAUUGAAUUUGCAAAUACACUCGAUGAUGCUUUUUCAAAUUCGUUACUACUGCAGAUAUCAAUAAAUAUAGUGUCCUUGAGUAUAACCGGAUAUAUGAUUAUUCUAAAACUGGACAAAUUAGAUGAAUGUAUGCUAUUCUGUAGUUUUACCCUUACACUAUUGAUAUUGAUGUUAUACAGCUGCAUUCCAGGAGAAAAGUUACAAAAUUAUAGUAUAGAUGCAGUCAAUUCUGUUUUCGAUUCAUUGUGGUAUAAUAUGUCAGUUAAGAAUCAGAAGCAGUUAAUGUUAAUGAUGGUCAGAAGUGGUCGAUCUUGUAAACUACAAGCUGGAAAACUUUUUGUAUUAUCGUUAGAAUUUUACACUUCGUGUAUCCAGACGUCUUUUUCCUAUCUAACUAUGUUGUUGACAAUGCGAAAAAAUGGACAGUAAACUUAAAAUCUUAUUAUUUCUGACGAAUGAAUGUGGCCAAGUGUUUUCCAAAGAGAAUUUUUGCGCAAUUCAACAUUGUUCAAAGAAUUAUACGAAAAAAUAAAUUUAUAUUGCACUUCUCAAUGAAAGUGAUUUUUUUAAUGGCUUUCUAGUGAAAUACCAUACGUUUUCUUAUCUUUAUCCAGUAGUGGAAUUUUAUUUCACAUGUAACUUUUCGACACUUAUUAUUUUACGUGACGCAGUGAAAUUUCAUUCGUAGUAAAAAAUAACACAAAAAUGGAUUAUUUAAAUUUUUUUGGUGUUAAUUUAAUCUGCAACGAUUUUUAAUACUUUCCAAUUAUUAAAAAGUACAAGAAAACUUGUUUUUAAAAGUUUUGAAAUCAAUGAUUCGCGGAAGCUAUGACUUGUUUUUUAUUGUGAUUUUUUAUUAGCAUAAAGAAAUCCUAAUGUUUGUCAGUUAUUUUCAACUUGUAACAGAGUUUAAAGAAAAUGUAUUUGCUGCUUAUUUUACUUUUUGCCAAUAUUUUGGGGAAAACUUAUUGUGAAACCCCAGUGGAUUUUAUAUUUAAACGACAAUUUGGAUUUAAUGCAGAUUCAAUUUUAAUAAAAUGUGAUCCUAAAGAAGCGAAUGAUGUAUUAAUAGCAAGACAAGUUUUACUUAAUGAAAAUGAUAAAGUUGGUUUUACAAUACGACAGCAAUUAAGAAAUAAUUGCUCAGAAAAUGAAUUGAACUCUUUAGUUAAUCAAUUUUGUGACGUGGAUAAAAAUAUAAAAUUUUUGUCACAAAACCUAACUGACAAUGUGCAAGUUUGCUUAAAAAUAGCUUUUGAUGAUGAAAAGAAAGCCGAAAUCCUUAGGGAGUUUGUUACAAAUAUUUGUGCUGCAAUUUAUAAUGAGUUCAGACUAUUAUUGAACAAAUAUUAAAAACGGGAAUCAAAAACAGAAAAAUUAAGAAGGAAUAUUGUCGAAGGAGAUUUUUAUCAAACGACAAAGGCAAAUACCAAAUCAGAAAGUUAUUUACUUCUUGUUUAAAAAAAUUACUGGAUACAGAGAUUUAUAUUAUUCAGAGAAAAAAUUGUGUUUAUCUAAAAUAAAAAAAUUAGUCAAUAUUAUUUCAUUGAUAGAGGAUGUACAGAAUUUUCGGAAUAAAUUCUUUAUCGAAAAACAAUUAAAAGUUAAGAGUAAGAAGGUGUAAGUGCAAGAGAAAUAAA